AUGCUCGAUACGAACCCAUUGAGCCGAAUAACUGCGCAACAAAUCAUGGAGCAUCCUUAUUUUAAUGGAAUUGAUUUCACCACUCUUUCAUCUCAGAUUCCGCCGUUCGUUCCUCCGUAUGAGCCUCUUCCUGUGAUUCGUGACAAUCCUUUGGAGAACGAAUUAGUGAACUUACGAUACAGUAUUGAUGAGACGUAUCGUGUUCAGGAGCGUUUAAAACGAGAAGCCAUUGAGCGCGUGCUGGGAGAAGGAGAGCGAUGUCGCUAUGCGAGUAUUGUGGUGCAUGUGCAUCAGUCCGAAGAACGCACUCGCCAGUUGGUUCUUACAUCGAAAAACCGACUUGUGAUUAUGGACAAUCCGAUAACGUCGAUAAAAGCGGUGAUUGUGCCAACGCAGAUUUCGGACGUGGUGGUGACCUCGAAGGGCUUUUUGAUUAAAGUCGAUAGGCCAAAGAAGAUAAAGUUUCGGUUUUUGACUCCCGAGAUGAACGAAGCGGUAUGGUAUAACUGCAUUCAGUGGAUCAUGCGGCAAGCGAGAGAGAAGAGAAGAGUUGUAAAUAGUCAGUUGUGA